AUGAGUAGAAACAGGGACCCUCUGCUGGCCAACUUGAACGCCUUCAAAAGCAAAGUCAAGUCGGCCCCAGUGAUAGCACCCGCUAAAGUCGGGCAAAAGAAGACUAACGACACUAUAACCGCUAUAGAUGGGACCACUAGGAAGAGGACGGCUUCUGAGCGUGCACAAGAGAAUGCUUUGAACUUCGCCAGGAAUCCUGUGUUGGAGGACAUCAAGAAGGAGGCCGGAAGUAAUAGUUCUAAUGCCAUUUCAUUGGAUGACGACGAAGAUGACGACGAGUUCGGCAGCUCUCCUUCAAAGAAAGUAAGGCCCGGCUCCAUUGCCGCAGCUGCUUUACAGGCCAACCAAACGGAUAUUUCGAAGAGCCACGAUUCUUCCAAGUUAUUGUGGGCCACUGAGUACAUUCAAAAGAAAGGUAAGCCGGUUUUGGUGAGCGAAUUAUUGGACUACCUGUCAAUGAAGAAGGAUGACAAAGUCAUUGAACUCUUAAAGAAGCUGGAUAGGAUUGAGUUUGACCCCAAGAAGGGGUCUUUCAAGUACCUUUCCACUUACGAUGUUCAUUCUCCAUCAGAACUGCUGAAAUUGCUACGUUCACAAGUAACGUUCAAGGGUAUUUCUUGCAAGGAUUUGAAAGAUGGUUGGCCGCAGUGUGAUGAGACGAUCAACCAAUUGGAGGAGGAUAGUAAGAUCUUGGUGUUAAGGACGAAGAAGGAUAAGACUCCAAGAUACGUUUGGUACAACAGUGGUGGCAACUUGAAAUGUAUAGACGAGGAGUUCGUUAAAAUGUGGGAAAACGUGCAAUUACCACAAUUUGCAGAAUUACCAAGAAAGCUGCAAGAUUUAGGUUUGAAACCUGCUAGUGUCGAUCCUGCAACAAUCAAGAGACAAACAAAGAGAGUCGAGAUUAAGAAGAAGAGACAAAGAAAGGGUAAGGUCACUAACACUCAUAUGACCGGUAUCUUGAAAGAUUACUCUCACAGAGUAUGA